AAGAAAAUAAUAAUAUCCGAACAAGUCCCUUACUCCCAAUUCGUGGACUCUUUGAAAUCCAAGUAAAGUUUUUGACGUUUGAACACAGAUCUGUGAAUUUUCUAAGGUUUCUUCCCACACGAAAUCCAAAAUCCAAUGAAUCAGAAACCUCCACCGUACGGUUAUGGCGGCGCUGGUGGAGGAAUCGGACCUUCAUCCUCUUCUGACACCACAAUCAUCGGGACGUUGAGUGCACGCGCCAAGCAGACGACUCACUCGAUGAUCUCCACGCUCCGUCCAUGGCGUCAGCUUCUCGAUCUCUCCGCGCUAUCUCUCCCUCAAGGAUACGACGAAGCCAUGGCGCGCCUAAGGCACAACAUCUCUUAUUUCCGUGGAAACUACGCCCUCGCCGUUCUCGUCAUUGUUUUCCUCGGCCUAGUUUACCACCCAAUCUCUAUGAUCGCCUUCAUCGUCGUCUUCAUCGGGUGGAUUCUCCUCUAUUUCUCGCGAGACGCCAACGAUUCGAUUGUGGUUUCUGGGAAACAAGUGGAUGACCGGAUCGUGCUGGUUUUGCUCAGCUUGGUAACGAUUCUGGCGUUGGUUUAUACUGAUGUAGGCCAAAACGUGCUGGUUUCGCUGAUCGUUGGUUUGCUCGUCGCCGGAGCUCACGGCGCUUUCCGUGCUACCGAUGAUUUGUUUCUUGAUGAAGAAACUGCUCGCCAGGGUGGCCUCGUAUCCGGUCCAAACCGGCCACCAUCAAGUUAUACCCCAAUUUGAGUAAAACCGGUUAUCAAUUUGUUUUUGGAACCUCCAAGAUCCUUUUGUAAUUGUAUUUAUGGCGUGCGUGCCUGAUUUUGUUUGAAUGUGUGUUAUGGAAAUGAAAGUGGCUUCGAUUA